AUGCUAGUGAAAUCUCCUUUCGGCCCUGUGAAGCUAUUGACCCCACUUUUCAGCAGCAGCGGACUGGAAGAUGCCCAAUUCUUCCAAGUCGUUGACACAAUUAGAGCGAACGACCUUUUUCGGCGAAUGAGAAGAGAAAAAUCAAUCGAGUUUAUCGUCCCAGAAGCACAACACAGCAAAGUGGUCGCUAUUUACAAAAACCUCAAGUAUAAGUGGAAAAAGAUCCACCCAAAUUAUGGAGACAAGUCCCCAAAAGAGAUUUUUCAUUUAUACCGCCGCUUCAAGCAAGACAGGAAUCAUUUUUUUGGGAGAUUUGGGUUCAUCAUCUCUGAAAACUACCAGAUCAAGCUAAAGUAUCCUCCUGAUGUGUCGAUAAUGCCUUCAGCCAUUCGAACCUUUAUAGAUGAGCCACACAGUGUCUUUAUGCCAAUGAACUUGUGGGAAGGGAUCUUGUCGACAAAUGAAUGGAACUCUAAAGGACUGGUCAUUGAAGCAUUAGAAGAGACUAUUCACCCACUUUAUGGAGUAUGAAGCCCUACAAAUCAGGAGUUUCUAGGACUCUUUAAAAAGUACCUGGAUGGGGUAGAGCUGCAAGGAACUGCAAUCGAUUUGGGAUGCGGCACUGGGGUGUUAGGCUUUAUGCUUGCGAAGAAAGGAAUGCAGGUAUUUGGGGUAGAUUCGUUAUUCCAAGCAGCGAAGUGCACAAAUUUAAAUGCUCAAUCCACCCCUCUGUGAGCGAGCAAAUGAAUUUUGUUCGCACUAAAAAAUUUAUAUAAUUAUUAUAGUAAUAUUUUUCAAAGUUUAAAAAAUCCCAAUUCGCAAAAACUCAAAAGCAAAUAUUAAUUUAAUUUGUAAAAUUUAUGUUUUAAAAUGCAAACUGCUUAAAAUUAAACAGAAUUAAUUAUGACAUUCAAUAUAAUAUUUAUUUACUUUAUAUAUCAAUUUUUUUUUCAUAUAUUUUAAAAAUUUUGUUCGCUCAAAGAGGGUGAGCUUUUACCCAAAAAUUGGGAUUUUUCCAAUGGUUUUGUUCGCUUACAGAGGGGAGAGUCAGAAGCUUGAGCUAGACGUGAAUGCAGUGCAUGAUGAUGCGAACAAGGUGGAUUUGCCCAUGUGCGACGUCAUUGUGUGCAACCCACCUUGGAUUCCAGUUUCUAACUCCCAAUUUGAGAGCGAGAACGAAUUUUUGCUCAUGUAAGCUAAAUUUUUUAAUAUAUCUUGUAUAAUUUUUGCAUUAAUUAUUUUUCGAAAUCCCAACUUAGAAGAUUUGAAGAGAAGAAUACAAUUUAAUUAUAAAAUUCAUCCAAUCUGUUUAAAAUUUAAUAGCACUACCCAAUAUCUCAUUAUAAUAGCUAUUGAAAUAUUUUAUAUUUUUUGAUUCGCUAAUAGAGGAAUUUCAGAUUUGUCCAAAAUAUUUGCUUGCUCAGCAGAGGUAGUAAGAAAACUGCGUUGGACAGUGGAGUGUACGACCCUGAUGAGAGCUUGCUCAAAGCAGCCUUUAUGCAAACAAAAAAGCUAAAUGCCAAAGGAAAGCUGCUGCUCUUUUACAGCAAUUUCGCAAGCAAGAUCGGACUCCAAAAAGAAAAUAGAAUCGAAGAGCUCUGCCAAUCUCACCAAAUGAAAAUUGCUAACAGACUCGAACUUCCCUUCCCUUACACAACAGACACAGACCACCCUCUAAAGAAGUUCAAAGACUCAAGCCACAUUUAUUUAUACGAAAUAAUAAGAGAUCUCUAA